UGCGCGUGAGUGUUUAACCGCGUAAACGCGCGAGCCAAGCCUCCAGCAGAGAAGGGUUCCCCUUUCCAACAUCACGCGCAGAGCAGAGAGGCUAUCAGAGAGUUGUUUUAAUGUGUGACAAAGGACAACAAACACGAGGAAGUAUCUCUGAGGAUCGACUGAAUACAACUAAUACUGAACUUUCGGGAAAGUGAAAUGACCAGAUUUGAAGGUUGAAGUGCUUCAGGUCUCCAAUGCCCAAAGAGUGCAGGAGGAAGAGCUCCAAGGACUUCGGUCUUUCUGGGACUGUAUUUACAGAAGGGUCGCGUUUAGAGCGAAGAGCAGCCGGGAAGGCACCACAGAUUUGCGAUGAUCUCGUUCAGAGAGCCGCUCAAAUCACCGAGUCGUCCUCAGCCAGAGCGCCGGCUGUGAUGGACUCUCCCCGGGUACCGCAGGUCACCAUCACCCCGGAGGGAGGCGGCUCCUCCAGGGAGAUGCAGCAGGAGGACUGGGAUGAUGCUGUGGACGGAACCCUGCGCAGGAAACUGUCCAACUCCUCCAUCUCCUCCACAGGCUCUUCUCUGGUGGAGUCCGAGGAUGAUAUACUCAGCGACAACGAGAGCAAAAGCAAAGGCAUCAUCACUUUAGAGCAUCUGGGGGACUCUGGAGAGAGCAAGCCGUGGUGGAAGUUGAAGACGGUCGUCCACUGGCCCUUCAGCGCUACGCAGAGGAGAAAACUAAAUUGGGUUCAGCUAGCCGGGCAUAAAGGGAACUUCAAAGCAGCAGACGAGGGCAACAUCCUGAAGAAGUUCUCUGAGAACGAGAAGCAGUGUUUCGAAAAGCUAAGGGAUGACGUGCUGCUCCCGUUCGUGCCCAGUUUCCACGGUGUUGUGGAAAAAGAUGGAGAGUCUUUCCUUCAUAUGACUGACCUCCUGUCAAACUUUGACCUCCCCAAUGUUAUGGACUGCAAGAUGGGAGUGAGGACGUACUUGGAGGAGGAGCUGGUCCGGGCGCGGGAGCGGCCCAAGCAGAGAGAAGACCUGUACAAGAAGAUGGUGGAGGUGGACAGUGAGGGGCCGACCCCCCAGGAGCAUUCUCAGCGCGGGGUCACCAAGCCUCGCUACAUGCAGUGGAGGGAGAGCAUGAGCUCCACCAACACCCUGGGCUUCAGAAUAGAAGGGAUCAAGAAAUCUGACGGCACAUGUCGAACUGAUUUCAAGAAAACCCGAUCGAAGCAGGAUGUUGUCCAAGAGUUCAAGGACUUUGUCGGAGGGAACCCCGACAUCCUAAAGUCUUACCUGAGCAGACUCAAGGAGAUCCAACAGGCCCUGAAGACGUCAGAGUUCUUCAAGCAACACGAGGUUAUUGGCAGCUCUCUCCUCUUUAUCCACGACCACAAGAGCAAUGCACAGGUGUGGAUAAUUGACUUUGGAAAGACGACAGUGUUACCGGAGGGCCAGACGUUAAAUCACGACAUUCCCUGGCAGGAAGGCAACCGGGAGGACGGAUACCUGUGGGGGCUGCAAAAACUCCUCGACACUCUGAAGUCUGUCAGCAAUGAAGAGUCCUUCAGCUCAGUUACCAAGGAAACAGACUGUCAGUGACCCGUGACCUAUGGGAAGUCAAACUAACAGACAGAGAGCCUCUGAGGGAGGUUUCAUACAAGUAGAUUGGCUUUGGGUGCUGGAUGAUAAAUGUAAAAAAAGUGCAUACAUGCUACAAGAAAGAGCAUUGUAUUACUAUGAUAAAUCCACUGAAAGAAAAGACACGAUAAACAGAGAGGAGCAGAGAAUUUGUCACUAGUUACUGAAAGAUUGAGCAAAUGAACUGACACUAAUUCAACUUCCUAUAAAAUGAACAGAAGUGAAAGUGUAGGGAUAUGCAUUUUAGUUUCAGGGUGACACGUGAAACACGACUUAAAAACAAGGAGUAGGUAAGCAAAGUCCUAAAUCCUCCUUAUUACCAUCUAACCCCUCAGUCAUAAUGUUACAUCUGCAAGUGUGACAUUAAAGGGGAGAUUCUGUGUGGUGUUAAACUCACAGAUAUAUAUAUAUAUAUAACUACAAUAAUAAAGUACUGCAUGAUGAUUAGUUUGAACUGUUCUGAACAUUUUACUAUGUAUCAAUUUAUAUUUCUUUCAUUGAUUAUAAUCAAACUUGUAAUUAUUUUCCUUUCUUGUUCUAGCACAUUUGUGCAAGUGUAAAGAAUGAAAAUGUAUAUCAAAUUAAAAAGAGCAAAUACUC